UGGUUUCCUUUAAUUUCUUUUGUGUAUAAAAGUCUACAUUUCAUCCUUUGUUUUAAAAUUUAAAUUUAAAAUUUGUUUCAUCACAGUUAAUUGAAAUUGUCAUCAUGGGUGUCGAAGUUCAAACGAUUCAAGCUGGUGAUUGUACCAAUUAUCCUCAAUCUGGACAAACUGUCGUUGUUCAUUAUACUGGUACAUUGGAAAAUGGCAAGAAAUUUGAUUCCUCACGAGACCGAGGCAAACCAUUCAAGUUCCGAAUUGGUAAAGGCGAGGUAAUCAAAGGAUGGGACCAAGGUGUUGCCCGAAUGAGUGUUGGUGAACGUGCUAAGUUAAUCUGUUCACCCGAUUUUGCUUACGGAUCAAAAGGUCACCCUGGAAUUAUUCCUCCAAAUUCGACGCUUAUUUUUGACGUUGAGCUUCUCGGCUUAGAAUGAGCUUUUGUAAUUCAUUCAUCUUUAAGGUUUUUUUCCCUCAACUUGCAACUAUUGAUUAGAUUUUCGCAUUAGAUAUCCUAUUAGAAAAACUACUUGCUUACCGUGCUUAUCUUUCAGAUUAAAUUGUAUCUCAACAUAUCUAAAUCGGUUCCUCGCUUACUAACGAAAUUAUUGUAACCAUGAUCAGAGAUGAAUUAAUUCUUGUCCCUUCAAUUUAUUCCCGUUUUCUUUAUCAUUUUCUCAUCCAUUUACACGUCGAAAUUUUUUCAUUUAUUUUGAGUGUGUAAAAGGUUUUGGUUAAACCACAAUAAAAUUGCUUUACUUUACUCGACUACAACAAAA